AUGAGCCAGCAGUGUGCUUGUGUGGCCAUGAAGGCCAAUGGUAUCCUGGAGUGCAUGAAGAGGAGUGUGACCAGCAGUCUUUAUAACCUGGCUUCACUGGAACUUAGAGAAAAUUUGCUGACAUAUUUACCUGAAUCACUUGCCCAGCUGCAGCGACUAGAAGAACUUGAUUUAGGAAACAAUGAACUUUAUCACUUGCCAGAAACAAUUGGUGCACUUUUCAAUCUUAAAGACCUCUGGUUGGAUGGAAACCAAUUAGCUGAAAUACCUCAGGAAGUAGGAAACCUGAAAAACCUGCUUUGUCUGGAUGUUUCUGAAAAUAAAUUGGAAUGCCUUCCUGAAGAAAUUAGUGGUCUGACUUCUUUAACAGACUUGCUUGUUUCUCAGAAUUUACUUCAGGUCUUACCUGAUGGCAUUGGAAAAUUGAGGAGGCUCUCCAUUUUGAAGGUUGAUCAGAACAAACUUAUUCAAUUAACGGAUUCGAUUGGAGACUGUGAAAGCCUUACUGAACUAGUUCUAACAGAAAACCAACUGCAGUCCUUGCCGAAGAGCAUCGGAAAGCUAAAGAAGCUGAACAAUUUGAAUGCCGACAGAAACAAAUUAACAUCUUUGCCCAAAGAGAUUGGGGGAUGCUGCAGUCUUAAUGUCUUUUCUGUACGUGACAACAGAUUGUCUCGAAUUCCCUCUGAGAUUUCACAAGCCACUGAACUUCAUGUCCUGGAUGUUGCUGGAAACAGGCUGACGUAUCUUCCCCUCUCACUGACUACCUUAAAGCUGAAGGCUUUGUGGUUAUCUGAUAACCAGUCCCAACCUUUGCUGACAUUUCAGACUGACACAGACCCUGAAACAGGAGAAAAAAUUUUAACGUGUGUAUUACUUCCUCAAAUGCCUUCUGAGCCUGGUUGCCAAGAUAACCUACCACGAUGUGGUGCACUGGAGAGUCUGGUGAAUGAAAUGUCAGACGAAACGUGGAAUGAGCGGGCAGUGAAUAGAGUCAGUGCAAUUCGCUUCUUAGAAGAUGAAAAAGAUGAAGAGGAUAAUGAAAUGAGAACACUUCUAAGGCGAGCCACUCCACACCCUGGAGAAUUAAAGAACAUGAAAAAGACAGUGGAGAAUUUACGGAAUGAUAUGAAUGCUGCUAAAGGACUGGAUUCAAACAAAAACGAGGUCAAUAAUGCCAUUGACAGAGUGACCACUUCUGUGUAGAGUUUCACCUCCAGGUUUUACCUCCUGUGUCUUCCCCUGCUGUUGAAAUGUUCCUGUCAUCUUCUGGGACCUCACUGAGCCCCUUUUUGUUUUUAACCAGAACCUGAUUCAUCAUCUCCAUAUAUGUGAAAAGUGCUGCCCACUGGAAGAAAGUGCCUUAUUUCAUCCAGGCAGUGAACCAAUAAUUUCCAAAUCAAUAUUGUAAUUUUAAUAGAGCUAGGCUUUUUAAAGUAUAGUAAUCUACUGUAUGCAGAAUACCAUAUUUUUGUCUUAAACACAGGGGAAAUAAUGCUUUUCUUUUCCAGAGUGCUGGGAUAUCUUUCUCCCAGUGGCUGGAUGUGCUGGUGAGAAAUAUAGUUUUGUGGAAAAUUGAUACACUUUUUUUUAUUUUUUUGGCAGCUCAGAUGGUGUAAAUUUUAAAUUUUUGUAUAGGACUUUCAUAACAAAAUGAUGUAUUUCAUUUUUAAGAGAAGAUUUAUCUUGAGCGGUACAUAUUUUAGUAUUUGUGGAAGAGAACAAGUUUCACAGACAACUGUAUUCAU